AUGUUGGAGGCAAAAUUAAAUAACGCAUCUAUUUUAAAAAAAUUAUUCGAAUGUAUCAAGGAUUUAGUGAAUGAUGCAAAUAUUGAUGCCGAUGAAAAUGGAUUAAAAUUACAAGCAUUAGAUGGAAACCAUGUAUCUUUAGUUAGUUUGCAUUUAGUGGAUUCUGGCUUUUCUCACUACAGAUGUGAUCGUGAGAGAGUUUUAGGUGUCAAUAUUGCUUCACUAAAUAAAGUUUUCAAAUUAUGUGGUAUUAACGAAUCUGUAGUUAUUUCCAGCAAAGAUGAUGAAGACAAUCUUAAUUUUGUAUUUGAAAAUAAUAAAGAAGAUAAAGUAACUAACUUUUCAUUAAAAUUAAUGUCCAUUGAACUUGAUUCAUUAAACAUUCCAGAUUGUGAUGAAGGGUUUGAUGCAGAAGUUGAAUUAAGCAGUAGAGAACUAACUAACAUUUUUAGGAACUUAUCAGAGUUUUCAGAUACAGUAUUUAUUGAAAUCGAUUCAAAUAGCAUUAAAUUUACGACAAAGGGUUUAGUAGGAGAUGCAGAAGUUGCAUUAAAGCCAAGAGAAUCAACAAGUGAAGAUGACGUUGGUGUUACAAUUAAAUCCAAAAAAAAAAUUAAACAAUCUUUUGCUAUAAAAUACUUAAACUUAUUUUCCAAAUCUUCUAUCCUAUCUGAUGUAGUUAUCUUAGGCUUAAGUGAUAGCCGACCAAUUGAAUUUAAAUAUGAAAUAAAAGAUACAUCUCCAGAUUCCGAUGCUUUAAAAGUUGGAUUCAUUAAAUUUUUCUUAGCACCUAAAAUGGAUGAUGAUAUGGACAAUAAAGACUAA